AAAAAUAUUCUCUUAGCUUCGUAAAAUUAUGUUUGAACUAUGAUGUCACAUGCACUAUUUUACUUAUGUCCUCACGCGCAUGUGAUGAAUAAAAUAAAUACUGUUUGUACUGAUAUCAUUGUCAUUACUUGUGUUUAAUCUCUUUUUUAAGUCGUUUAUUUGACAAAAGUGGUCACUAAAUAAUUCCGAAGAUAAACCCAAAAGUGUGAUGCUCAGAAAUGCUCUACGCGACUAUGCCAGAUGCUAGACUCCGGACCACCCAUUGGGUUCGUCUGUAACCCAAGUGAGUUGCUAAGGCAGCAUUUUAUAGCAUCAUUGGCGCGCGCAACCAACUCGAUGCCUCACAACGCUGCGCUGCGCGCUCAUAUGAAGUCCAGAAAUGUUGCACGCGACUAUGCUGCCCCAAAACGCCGCGCGCUUAUGAUGCACCAAAAUGCUGUCUAGAGAGGCGGCUUACAAGGUUUUGAAACAGAGCCUCGUUUUCUAAUGCAGUUUGAGUCUGGUAUUUUGGUGUGUGUGUGUGUGUGUGUUUGAGGGGGCACAGUCGGGUUUCUCACCUUGGCUCGCUCUUCGUCACCCCUCCUCUCUCUCUCUCUCUCUCUCUCUCUCUCUCUCUCUCUCAGUGCGCGUGUGUGUCAGUGUGUGUCUGUCUCAUGAACGGAACUGACCGCUGCUGCAUCUGUGAGUUUCAUUCACUAACAGACAACAGGACUAAAUCACAAUCGAUCUGGAUUUAUUUUCCUCACAUUCCCUCUUGAAUGAGGUUUAGCGGGUUCAGACGCGAUUCGGAGAUUCAGAGCACUCCAAACCGUGUUUCGUUCCCGGUCCGUGAGAGAUGCCAAGGAAAGCAACUCUUCACGAGUCUUCUUAGCGUGCAGAUCUCAUCAGAUUCCCUCCGGGCUGAUCAUAUGUGCGUCGACCUGCGGAUCCAAGCAUCAGGAGAGUUUGAGAGUAUCGAGUUUAAUUCAGUGUCUGUCUGGAUCAUGGCACAUAGGAUGCGGAACGGACUUUGACUGCUGAUUCCUCCAGCAAUAGAGGAAACACACACUGCAGAGAGUUGGUUCUGGGAAAGUCGUCUAUCUACUGGACGUUUUCUGACCGGGUCGUCUUUCCAAGAUAUCACACGUACUCCAGUCUGAAGAGACACUACAGCCAUAUUUGUUUAUUUGACUUCCCCCUCUCUCUGCCAUCCAUCUGGAUACGUUUCUUCCCUUCCCCAUCCCACAUUCAUCAUUCCCUCUCGUGACAUCAUGCAGAGUUUUCAGAACUUGCUUUCUCUGCUUACUCUGUUUCAUACGCUUCCCUGGGCCUCCAGUCACAGUCCGAACCCAUUCGCCGGGCCUCAAGUGACGCCGACGGACCCCUGCUAUGAUGAGACGGGCGCCGCCCGCCGAUGUAUCCCAGAGUUCAUCAAUGCAGCAUUCGGCCAGGAGGUCAGCGUAUCAAGUGUAUGCGGCCGGCCGCCGUCUCGCUCCUGUAGUUUAGUGGAACGUGACGACCGUCCCGCUGUGCGCGCAUGUCAGGUCUGCGACGCAUCAGACCCUCGCCACUCACACCCUGCCUCCUACCUCACUGACCUAAACUCCGCCCACAACCUCACCUGCUGGCAGUCUGAGAACCUGCAGGGCUCGCCUCUCAAUGUUACACUCACGCUGUCGCUCGGGAAGAAGUUUGAGAUCACGUACGUCAGCCUGCAGUUCUGUUCCCCGCGGCCCGAGUCCCUGGCCAUCUAUAAAAGCAUGGAUUAUGGGCGCACUUGGUCACCUUACCAGUUCUACUCGUCGCAGUGCCGUCGCAUGUACAACCGACCCAACAAAGCAACGAUCACCAAGCAGAACGAGCAGGAAGCUUUAUGCACAGAUGGACACACCGAUCUCUACCCACUUUCUGGUGGCCUUAUCGCUUUUAGCACAUUAGACGGACGCCCUUCAGGCAAGGACUUCGACUCAAGCCCUGUUCUGCAGGACUGGGUGACUGUCACUGACAUUCGAGUGGUCUUCAGUCGCCCGCAGCACCUUAGAGCACUGCCCAUGUCAGGACGUGAGAGCGAAGACCCACUCGGGCCACCUGGAGCGCUGCCUACUUAUUACUACGCGGUUGGCGACUUUCAAGUGGGCGGGAGGUGUAAAUGUAGCGGCCACGCCUCCAGGUGCAUGCGAGAGAAGGACGGGAAACUGUUGUGUGAAUGCAAACACAACACAGAGGGUCCAGAGUGUGACCGCUGCAAACCAUUUCACUACGACCGGCCCUGGCAACGCGCAACAGCGAAAGAAGCCAAUGAGUGUUUGCCUUGCAAUUGUAACCUGCACGCGCGGCGCUGUCGCUUUAACAUGGAGUUGUAUAAGCUGUCGGGCCGUAAGAGUGGAGGAGUGUGUAUGAAUUGCAGACACAAUACCGCCGGACGCCAUUGCCAUUACUGCAAAGAGGGAUUCUACAGAGAUAUGGGCAAACCCAUCACACACCGCAGAGCCUGCAAAGCAUGUGACUGCCAUCCGGUGGGAGCUGCAGGUAAAACGUGUAACCAGACGACGGGUCAGUGCCCGUGUAAAGACGGGGUGACUGGUAUCACAUGCAACCGCUGUGCUAAAGGGUAUCAGCAGAGCCGAUCGCCCGUCGCCCCGUGCAUUAAAAUCCCUGUGAUAAAGCCAACGGCUGUGAUCAGCACUACAGAGGAGCCUGCAGAUUGUGACUCGUACUGUAAACCACUGAAGGGAAAUCUCAAGAUAAACAUGAAGAAAUACUGCAAAAAGGACUACGCUGUCCAGGUCAGUGUGUUGGACAUGGAGACCGUCGGAGAUUGGGCCAAAUUUUCGGUCAGCCUGGUGUCUGUGUACAAGAGCCGCGGAGAACCGCUGAAGAGAGGCGAUCACGUGCUGUGGGUCCAUAUGAAGGAUCUGGCCUGCAAAUGUCCGCGGAUACACAUGGGCAAACGCUUCCUCAUCCUGGGCACGAGCGAGGGCACCGCGAGCCCCGAACACCCGGGACUCCUGGCCGACAAAAACAGCCUGGUCAUUCAGUGGAGGGACAUUUGGACUCGACGACUGCGCAAGUUCCAGCGCAAGGAGAAGAAAGGCAAGUGCAGCAAAGCAUGAUGGGAUGGCAGGGAACUCUUUAUUAUUGACCACUGUCCAGCAUACGCAGGAGACUGAGAGAGCGAACUCUACGUAUCGUCGUUUCCAGUGUGUUAUUUGACAUCGUCCUGUUGGUCAGCCUUCUAAAGGGACCGUUAAAAAGACUGUUUCUAAUCACACACACCACUGAAUCUCUCUCUCUCUCUCUCUCUCACACACACACACACACACACACACACAUGCUGUAGUUCGACUGAGCUGCACACGGACUGAUUCCAUUUCCUCUCCAAGCCACAAUUUAAUCAAUCAAAUAUGAAAUGUGUCCUCAAAUUACAAAUCAGGGGAACGGUUCUGUCCGCAUCUGGUUCGGUUCUAGUCUUUGUGGCCUUCAUCAGAUGGUCACACUGGUGUUCACCACAUGCUGCUCGCUUCAGUGCUGAAAACCUCAAAAUCUCCAUCAUCUUCGUCAUCAUCAUCGGCCUGGAUCAUUUCACUUUUGAAGAGCUUAUUAAGAGCGCUCGUAUCUGUGGGUUGUGUGUCGUACGUGUGGAUGUGUGUACUUUGAUACAGAAGGAUCUAGUGCAGAACAGAGCGAAUGUCUGUUAGCAGACAGAAACAUACUCAAGCGCAAGUAUGCAAAUGCACGAAUGCCUGGCAAACAUAGUUUCACUGUGCAUUUUUAACAUGCUUUUUUGAGUAACUGUGGCAGGAACAAAUGUCUGUCAUUAAAGGGAUAGUUCACCCAAAAUUUAACCAAAAUGAAUAUUUUGUCAUCAUUUUACUCGCUCUCAUGUUGUUCCAAACCCAUAGUGUGUUAUUCUAUUCUGUGGAACGCAAGAGGAAAAUUUCCCUCUUUUCCAUAUAAAAACAGGCUGUAAAGCACCACAAGAUGACAAAAAAGCACUGUCAAAGAAAUCCAUUUAGAGACUGAGUUAAAUACAAGCACAAUUGAGAGAAGAUUAUUAGUUAAUAAUGGCUUUUUAACAGCUUCGUAUGGCUUUAGAAGACUUGUAUGAUAAAACAUUCGUUGUGUGGACUGCUUUUGUUUAGUUUUUUCUUGACAGCCAACAUGAGGUGAUCGAAUUUGGGAACCUUUUUUAAAGGAAUAGUUCACCCAAGAAUUAAAAAAUACCCAUAUUUCUUCUGUGGUCCACAAACAAAGGCUGUUUUCAAUGAUGUUGGUAGCCAAAACGUUGUGGUUCCCAUUGAUUUCCAUUGGAUGGAUGAACAUUGCAAUGGAAGUCAGUGGGAACCGAAACGGUUUGGCUACCAGCUGUCCCCAACAUUCUUUAAAAUAUCUUCUUUCAUUCUUCAGAAGAAAAAAAAAAAGUCGGACAGGUUUGAAUUACUUGAGGGUGAGUCAGUGAUAACAGAAUUUCCAUUUUUGGUUGAACUACAACCAGUUGUGUCAUGUUCAGGUCACUAGAAAUAAAAAUAUCUAACAUGAUCUAGCUUAAGAUUUAAUACACCACACAAUAUGUGUUCAGACUCGCCUCGUAAAUAUCAAAUAUGUUUCAUCUCCUCUAAAAAAUGAAUUCAUAAUCUGAAACUAAAAAAUGUAGACUGCCCAAAGCCUCUGAUCAACUCAUUCAGACUGUAAAUUGGAGAAAAGAUCUGGGCAAAAGUUGUGCAGUGUGUGUUUACUUACCUGUGUUGAUGCUAAAGCAUCAUAGCUCCCCUUGUGGCAGUGAUGAGUAUAGCUUCAUGAAUUACAUUCUGCUGCAUUACUGAAUCUAAUGACAUGUGAAAUUGAGAGUGUUUGCAUGCUUGUGUAGAGCACCUUUCAGGGCUAAUGCUCUGUCCUAAUGUUUCUCUCUCUCUUCUACUACUGAAUAUCUGUGUUUUUAUCUGCCGUCUGUCCGUUAUAAAAGACAAGACAAAGAUGAAAAUAAUGAUGUGUAUGAAAACACACGUGACCCUGGAGCACAAAAGCAGUCUUGAGUCUCUGGGGUAUAUUUGUAGCAAUAGCCAAAAAUACAUUGUAUGGGUCAAAAUUAUUGCUUUUUGUUUUAUGUCCCAAAUUUCCUACAGUAAAUAUAUAAGAAAGUCAUUUUUGAUUAGAAUUGCUAAAGACUUAAUUUGAACAACUUCAAAGGCGGUUUUCUCAGUAUUUAGAAUUUUUGUUGUAUCUCAGCCAAAUAUUAUUGUAUCCUAACAAACAAUGCAUCAACUGAAAGCUUAUUUAUUCAGCUUUUAAGAUGAUGAAUGAAUCUCAAUUUAGAAAAAUGUACCCUUAUGACUGGUUUUGUGGUCCAGGGUCACACAUAAACAUACUUUUUUUUCUUUUUCUUUUUUUUUCUAUUUACAAAUGCAUUAGUUUGCAUUGAGUUUGUUAGUUGCAAAUGCAUUAGUUUGCAUUGCAUUUUCACACUUUAAUGAUGUUUGGUGUGUCUCUAUGCAGCAGCUGACUUGAACAACCGAGAUCAUGUUCUCCAGCAUGAUUUGACUGAUAAUGCCCACAUAUAUUUCAUACUAGAAACAGUGCCAUUUUUUAAUUUUAAAUAUCCCUUCUACAUUUUUCAUCACAACUUGGCUUUUUAUAUAUAUUUUUUCCCAAUCCUUUGUUUAUUUCUAGCAUUAAAUAAAAAUGCCAGAAUUGAAUCUUUUAAACUUUCGGACCUCAAUGUAUCUGCAUUGUAUGAUGUACAGUACGAUAUUAUCUCCUGUGUCAGUAAUAUUACAGAGGAAAUCACAGUGAAGCAAUAACUAGAUAUAGAUUCAUUCUGAUCAUGUUGAGAUGAAUUUUAAUGCAAAAACUUUGGUUUACUCUGUCUUUGCUGCAUUAAGAAGUAAACAGUCAUUUUUAUUGGUAAAAAACACCGCCUGGUUCCACCCAUCAAACAAGUCUCAUUUUCUGAGAGAGAGAUGAAUGAAUAAAUAAAUGUUUAUUGUUAGGAUAACAGGAUUUUUAAAAUUGUUUUACUAUUUUAUGUUGAUAGUCAAUGUUGAUAGCUCUCUUUAUGCCAAUGUUAAACUAACAGACGAGUUAACUGAACUAGUGUUAAACUGUUAAUACAAGCGUCCAUAGAUUCACUACAGUAAACUCUCUCACACAUCAUGAUGCACACUGACUUCAGUAUGUGCUGUCCACUGAGUGCCAGUGACGGGAAAAUUCAUCAGUAUAUACACACUUUAGCUACUUAUUUUUAAUUCCACACAAUAAAAGUACUUUUCAAAUACUUGGACUAGGGAUAUGUACAGAUUGGAAUACUAUUACCGAACUAUAAUAUUAUUAAUUAUUUAUGCUAAAAACUGCUUCACACAUUUCGUUCAAAAAUCAGCAGUAAGCAGUGUGAUAAUAUCACAUUGUAUGUGUAACAAUGUAUCCCACAAUGCAACGCAGUGACAUAUUAUGCACAGGUAAUAUAAUACAACAGACAUUGGGUUAAAAAUUCAAAACAACCAAGAUGACAACAGGACAGCCUUCGCAUAAUGAUGUCAUGUGAGAACACAGUACACUGUAUUUGACAGAAUGCUGUGUAUGUGUUUUUUUCUUUAUCCAAAGUGACAAAUCGGAAUAACACAAGCAGAAUCGACUAACCCGAGGGAUGAAACAGGCAUAACAAAUGCUAGAGUAGAAACUAGUAUGCCAUCCUGAACUUAGCCUAGUUUGCAGAGAUGCCUUGACGAAGGAAAUGUCAUUUCCACAGCAAUUUCCAUUUUCGUUUCACUCCUGGAAGGGGUUUGGAUUAGAGACUAUAAACAUAUGAAAGCUUUCUCGCCGCAAGAGCGGUGUAGAUUACUGCUUUUAAUGACCCUGAUGUCAUUAAGUAAAUGAAGAAUUAGAGAAAGACUGAACUGUGUUUCUGGAGGGAAUCGGCAGACGUGCAGAAGUUGCUCUGUCUGUUACUGCUUGUGCGAAUGUAUAUGUGUUUAUAGUUUGUGUGCAAAAGUUUGGGCACCAUUCCCACAAUUCAUGUCCGGGUGAUUCAGUCUGGCAUUGGCAUCCCAACUGGGCAUGUGUGAAAUUAGCUUUUAAGAAACGCAGCAGAUAAACAGCUCGAAAACUAGCAUCAAUAUGGCAGAGGACGUUGAAUUCAGCCACAGACAUUUGCACACAACUUUAUAUUUUGACAUAUCUGUGUAUAAAUGAGUAUUUGUGUGUAUUCGCUUCCAUUAGUCUGAAUGUGAGGUGUGUAUGUGUGUGUGUAUGAACAUGUACAUGAGUAAAUGUGCAGUUUGAUGAACUUAAUGUGUUUCCACAUGAGGAACAUUCCUCUUCUGACGUACAGAGAGAGUUUCUCUCCUUCUCAUCACCUGUUUUAUUUGCUGUCUCUGUAACUGCAAUGACCACUGAAUUAAUCAAAUAUACAAAUAAAUUAUUAGUUGAUGUA